AUGCCGCCUAAAUCAUCCAAGGGGAAGCGCAAAGCCCCCCACCCUAAAUCUCAGCCAGAUGCGCCGCCUGAGCCUGCGCAACCCGCGCAACUCGCGCAAGCCCCGCCGGCACCGCCGCUGGCGGUGAGCACGGUACGCUUUUCAGAUCUGCGUCCGCCGCUCUGCGCGGAUACCCUCUCAGUGCUGGGGCGGUUCGGGUUCGAGUUCGCGACGCCAGUACAGGCGGCGUGUGUGCCGCUGCUGUGCGGGAAUAAGGACGUGGCGGCGGAGGCCGUCACGGGCAGCGGAAAAACUCUAGCGUUUGUGCUGCCCGUGGCGGAGAUUCUUCGACGAGUAGCGACGUCGUUAAAGAAAUUCCAGCUGGGCGCGUUGAUCAUCUCCCCCACGCGCGAGCUGGCGGCGCAGAUACACGCGGUGGCGGAGCCUUUUCUCUCCGCCGCGCUGCCCAAUCUCCGCUGCAUGCUUCUAACGGGGGGACACGCGGUCGGCGUGGACGUGGCGCGCAUCUCCGAGGACGGCGCGAAUGUGAUUAUAGGCACGCCGGGCAGGAUCGACGAUGUGCUGUCGCGGCCGAACUGCGGCCUCGAUUUAAGAGCAUUAGAGGUGCUGAUACUGGACGAGGCGGACCGCCUGCUGGAUCUGGGCUUCUCACCUCCGCACCUCCCCCGUCCGCCCCACCCCCCCGCCCCCCCCUCCUCUCUCCACAACCCCCUCCCUGCGCGUGUCCCCUUCCGCACUCCGGCCCCCCGCGCGCAGGUGCUGAUACUGGACGAGGCGGACCGCCUGCUGGACCUGGGCUUCGCGGCGUGCCUCGAGUCCAUCCUGCACCGCCUGCCACGUCAGCGCCGCACGGGGCUCUUCUCCGCCACGCAGACAUCCGCGCUGCAGGAGCUCGCGCUCGCGGGCAUGCGCAACCCCGUCCGCGUCGAAGUGCGCUCGCUCGCGCGCGCGGGCGCGGGGGGAGCGGCGGGCGGAAUUGCUGGCGCUGGUGCUGCGGACGCUGCUGCGUCAGGGGGGGGGAGCGCGCAGGGGAUGGGGGAAGGAGCAGGGGGAGGGGCGGUGGAAGGCGGGAAUAGCAGGUAUGGGGCUGCGAUGGAGAAGGCGGGAGCAGUAAAGAUCCCCGUGGGGCUUCAAGUGCAGGCCAUAGUGUGUGACGGAGCGCGCAGCAAGGCGAGUCAGCUGGUGCACUGGCUCAGCCAACACCCCGACCGCAAAGUCAUGCUCUUCGUGAUGACGUGUGCGUGUGUGGACUACUGGGGCUCCGUGCUACCUCUGCUCUCGCCCCUCGAGGGCAUAUCCUUCUUCCCCCUGCAUGGCAAGCUCAAGCAGUCGAAGCGCGAUGCAGCAGUGGCGGCGUUCCGCAAGGCGGAGCGUGGUGUCCUCAUCUGCACGGACGUGGCGGCCAGGGGCCUCGACAUCCCCGGGGUGCACUGCAUCCUGCAGUUCGACCCUCCUCAGGACCCCCGCGCGUUUGUGCACCGCGCAGGGCGCACGGCUCGCAUGGGGAGGGAGGGGUCUGCACUCGUGUGGCUGCUGCCCAAGGAGGAUUCAUACCCGGAGUAUCUGCGGCUGCAAGGAGUGCCCGUGGUGAUGGAACCCCCUUUUCCCGAUGCUGUCGACAUCAUUCCGCAGCUGAGGGAAGCUUCGCGGAAGGAUCGUGCAGUGGUGGAGAAGGGUGUGCGGGCGUUUGUGUCGUUUGUAAGGGGUUACAAGGAGCACCACUGCAACUACAUCUUCAGGUUUCAAGAGCUGGAGAUGGGAGCAGUGGCCAUGUCGUAUGGUGUGCUCAAGAUCCCCCGCAUGCCGGAAACCCGCCACCAUCCGCGCCUCUUUGACGGAUUUGAGCCCGACAAGACCGUCGAUGUGGCCACACUCAAAUACAACAAUGUGCCUGCAAAGGCGCCUCAAACAUCUUCCUCCCUUCCUGACUGGUCGUGCAGGGAUAAGAACCGGGAGAAGCAGCGACAACAGUUCCUGAAGCAGCAGCAGGAAGGUUCCGAGAACCCUCAAAACGGAGAGAAAUCAUCCAAGCCUGGGAGACAGCAGCGGCAGCAGCAGGGCAAGGAUCAAGCCGGCAAGGGGCCACGGGUCGACGUAGCUUCUAUGAAGUCUGUUGGGGCGCGAGCAGUAAGAAGAGCACGGGAGGAGGAUGAGCAGGAUGAGAUGAAUCGUGAGUAUAAAGAGCUGAUGAACAUGAGGAAGCGGAAGAAGGGGAAGAAGCGGCUAGCACUGGGAGAUCAAGAUGACGAUCUUGACAGUAUUGACGGUGACCUGCCUAAUCGAAGUGUUGAUGGAGCGAACGAGCGGUUGGGGAGCCAAGAUAGAGGAGAUGGUGGGCAAGGGGAUGAGAAGGUGGAUUCUCUGCCUGGAUUCGUUGAAAGCGGCUGA